CACUGGUAGACUUCUACUAAUGACUUGCGAAGCAAAGUACAUAACCCCUUUUCAUCCCCUUCUAUCCAAGCACCCAUCAGUCGUCUUAUAUCUAAAAGAAGAACCGCAGCAAAAGUCUAUUCUCGCUCCUCAAUUCUUCAGCCAUGUCUCCAACCACCAACACCGCCUGGACCAUUCCCUCCAUCGCCUCCUCCCUCACCCACCUCACGCAGGUCCAAAAAGAAAUCCCUACCCCAGGCCCGCACCAAGUCCUUAUCCGCCUUACCGCCGCCUCCCUCAACUACCGCGACACCCUUAUCGCAAUCCACUCCAGCGUCUACCCCGGACCGCACAAACCCUCCCUAGUUCCAGGCUCCGACGGCGCCGGCCUAAUCCACAGCACUGGCGCCUCCUCCUCCUGGGCGGGCAAGGAAGGGACGCUCGUCGUGCUGCACCAGAACACCUGGCUGACGGGCGAUGUGCGGAAUAUGCGCCUAGACAAGGUGCUGGGCUCGUUCACGAGCGACGGGACGCUGCAGCAGUGGAUUGUGAUAGAUGAUGAACGCGUUAUUGCGGCGCCGAAGGGGUUGAGUGCGGGGGAGAGUGCUACGCUGGUGACGGCGGGGGGAACGGCUUGGGCGGCGAUUAGGGAUGCUCUCGAUGGGCGGCUUAACAGGGUUUUAGAGCUGUGGCAGGGUGAAUGGACGGAGAAGAGGUUAGCUGGGCAGUGGGUGCUUACGCAGGGGACGGGGGGUGUGAGUUGUUUUGCGAUACAGAUUGCGGCCGCCCUUGGAGCUACUGUUAUCGCGACGUCGUCGUCAGACGCCAAACUUGAAAUUGCGAAGUCGAUUGGCGCUACGCAUGUCAUUAACUACGCGAAGACGCGGGACUGGGACCAGGAAGUGCUUCGUCUGACUGGCGGCAAGGGAGUUGACCAUGUCCUGGAUGUUGGUGGAGCGCAGACGCUGAUGAAGUCUAUUAAUUGUGUUCGGACUGGCGGGCUGGUUAGUGUUAUAGGCAUAUUGUCCGAGUCAAGCUCGCUCCCGGCCGAGCUUGUGACGAGUGUAAUGCUUGGAGCCAAGACCAGUAAGUUGUUAGAGAAUCGAGGCAAAGGAGACGGUGCUGACGAGGAAUAGUUAAGGGAUGUUUCGCGUUUAGUCGUGACGAUACUGCUGAGUUCGUUAGGUUCGUUGAGGUGAACGGCAUCAAGCCGGUUAUUGCGCAGACGUUUGAGUUUGAUCG